CUAUUAUUAUGGAUUUAAUGAUAAAAAUUAAUGUUUAUAUCAAAGUAAUUUUAUGAAAAAUUAUCAUCGAAAAUGAAUUUCGAUGGUUACGCUCAGUAUAUGCAACAAAAAUAUCGCCUAGCCAUUACACUAGCCGUCAUCAAGACCAAACCAAGUGGCACACACCUAAAUGAUCACGUAAAUUCUAUAAUAAAUAAUUUAAGUGAUUUUACAACGUUGGAUGACGGUGUAUGUGAGGAAGAUUUCAAUUACAACGAUAAUGAACCCGAUAUUCAAGAUUUCAAUGAUUCAGACGACAGUGUAACCAUUUUAAAGGACUUUGUUCAGAAUAACGAAGCUAUUGAUCAAUACAAGGAUGGAAAUACGUUUUUUAACGACGAAAUCAACAUCGACACACGAAACGAGGAUGAAAAACAUAGUUCAGUCGAUGAGACACAAUGUAAGCAAGAUUUGUUAAGUGACUGCACAGAUAAUGACAAAACUUUCUGUGAGUCUGAUGAUUUCAUGGAAGCUGAGGAUGACAUCAUCGAUGAUUCCCAAAUUAAUGAUGUACCCAAAAAUCAAAUCGAUUCCCAAGCAACUGUUUUAUACACUGUACAUGACACAAACACACAUAUAAGCCAGAGUGAGGAGAACAUUGUUGUUAAAAAAAUAUAUUUUAAUGCAAAGAAAGAUAAAACAGUAGAAGAUAAUGAUACAGAGAAUUUAGAACAAACCCAUGAGAGAGCACAGAUUGUAAAUAAUUUAAAUGAUUUUGUAAUCUGUGGACAAGAUAACAGUGGAAUUGAUGAUUUAAAUCAUACAAGAGAGAAUUUAAUUUGUUUAAAUUCCCAAAUACAUGGAUUGAAUGAUGAAUCAAAAAUGACUGUGUCAAUGGAUUGUAGUGGACAGAAUAAUAUGGAUAAGACGGACACACCAAGAAGUUUGACUUCAUUAACACAAAAUAGCUUUUCAUUGAACGAACAUGAGUAUUGUUCAGAUAAAAGAUUGGACAAUAAGAGAUUGUACAGUGAAAUCGAUGGGAGCAUCUUGAAAAAUCACCAAGAUCCAUCAGCACCUGACGAUGAAUCAGCCGAUGACGGCUUAACAGAAUCACAAGCGGAGAUGGUCUCCUUCAAGGUGUUGGAGGAAUUAAGUAGAAUAAAGAGCUAUUUAAAUAAGGCUGAUAACAAGUUGUCCGAGGAUUCUGGAUAUAGGAGUUGGAAGAAUAAAAGUUCUAGAAGUGUGUCCCAGUCGAGUUGCUUAAACGAAUCUGCUUACUGUUUGAUGAGCUUCCUUAAGAGUUGUCCACUGGCUGUAAACAUUAUGGAUAUUGUUGAAGAGAUUUCAAAGGUGUUGGGAAGGUUUGUGGACAAACUUCACGAUGCGGAGACGUAUCCAAAGUUCUUGGACGAUAUGUUGGACAGUGUUGGAGGCUUGGUUAAUGACUUAUAUGAAUCUAGUGUGGAUGGGGAUUUGAUGUUGGAAGUAGAUGAGAAAAUACAAAGAAUAUUCCUACUAAACAGAUCGCAUCACAUAAUGAGGUACACUAUAGAGUUGAUCACAGGCAAAUUGGAAAAGUUACACACAAAACUGUGUGAUUCUAUUGAAAUCACACAGACGGCAACCACUGAGAACCUGUGCUAUAUGUUACACAUACUGGAAAUAUUACUCAGAAGAUACACAGCUAUAGAUAACGUGAGCCAGUCCAGCGUAGACUCACAGGGGAGUGUGUUGAGGAAAAACUCACUCACAGACAUAUGGAGGAGGAAGUGGAACUUGAGUGAUAGUGACGUCAGAGUGAGUGAAAAAACAUGCAUAGUCACUGAAUGUAGGCGUGUACUUAAUAAAAUACUAGUUCAAGCUAUAGAUAAUUACAGCUUGAUAUCGUUUAGCGCUUUACAGUGCUUGAAUAUCAUACAGAAGUAAGCUGCUACUGCUAAACGAGCGCUUUGUAGACAAAGCAAAAAAUUUGUCGAACUACCUUCAUUUUACUUAAAUCAAUACUUGACUGACAAUUGAAAGUUACAUUAAAAUCUGCUUAAUCCAUCCAAAGAUAAAGAUAAAGAUAAAGACUGAAAUAAAGAUACUAUAAUAUUAUAAUGGCUAAAUAAAUAUUGUAUUAAAAAAAAAUGACCCAAAAUUUCAUUAAAU